AUGUUAAGGCCAACUAUAAUAAGGAAUACAUUUUUAAAGAAAAGUUAUUCAACUAUCAAUACUGGUACUAGUACAGUUGUGAAAUCACAUAAAUUUCGUAAUAGAUUUUUAACAAUUUCAUUAUCAUUAGUGGCAAUUUAUGGUACUGGUAUAAUCUUAUCUGAAACUGAUAAUAGAUAUUCUUCUGUGUACAAUGAUAAUAUUCCUUUUGCUAAUAAUGUUUUAGAAUCGUAUGACGAUAUUAAAAAUGGUAAUAUUAAAUUAUCAGAUUUAUCAUGGGAAACAAUAAAGAAUAAAUACAGUUCUUAUAUCACAGGCGGAACUUUAGGUAUUCCAUUAUAUAGACCUAAAAAAAAUGAAUUAAAUAAUGCACAUUUAUUAAAUUUAUCAAAAUUAGAUCAAAGUAAAUUAAAAGAUUUAAAUCCUGAAUUCAAUUCUAUUUUAAAUCAAAUUAGAUAUACUGUAGAUGCUUUAAAUGAUCAACAAAUUCCAUUAACAAAUUCUCAAACUACAGUAAUUACAAAACUUUUUGAUCAAUUAUAUGAAACUGUUUAUAAAUUUAAUGAAAAUUUAAAUGAAAAUAUUAAAAAAAAUAUUGUUAAUGGUUCAAAGGAUAGAAUAGAUCAGUUUGAGAAAAAAUAUUUACAAGAGACUGAUGAAAAGAAGAAAGAAUUAGAUAGAAAAUAUGAUGAAAAAUUUGAAUCAUUUAAGACUGUCCUUGAAGAAAAUGUUACAAAAUUAUUAGAGACUAGUUUAGAAUCAAAUUUAGAAACUCUACAAGCAAAACAAGCCAACGAAAUAUCUUUAUUAUCAAUAACACAAGUUCAAGAGUUUAAUAAAAUUAUUGAAGAAAAAGUUGAACAAGAAAGAAAUGGUAAAUUAGCUAAUUUAAAUGCACUUGAUGAAAGAAUUGCUAAACUUUCAACCACUAUGAGUAAAUUUGGUGAUAUUCUUUCGAAAAAUCAAGUUAUUACUAGAUUAUCCCUUAUGGUUAAUGAUAUUAAAGGUAGAUUGGAUUCUAACAAUUCAUACAGUAUCGAAUUAGAUGGUGAUUUCUCAAAGAUGAAAAUUAUCUCCAAAGCACUGCCUAAAGCUGGUUGUGGUUGUAGUUCUGGUAAAUGUAAAUGUAAAAAAUGUACCGGUUCAUGUUCUACAAAGAGUACCAUUGGUGGUCAAAAACUUUUAAAUGUAACAAUUGAAGAAUUGGAUGCAUUGUCAAAGGAUGGUCCUAUCCUUUCAAAUGAACAAUUGUUCAAUAGAUGGAACCUUUUGGAGAGUGAUUUUAAAACUGCAUCAUUAUUACCACCAAAUGCAGGUAUUUUGGGUCAUAUUACAGCUAAAUUUUUCUCCUUCUUUUUAUUCUCAAAGAAAGGUAUUUCCACCUCUGGUGAUGAUUUAGAUGCAUUGUUUGCCAGAGUACAGACUAAUUUGGAGACAGCAAAAUUGGAUGAUGCCAUCGAAGAUGUUAUCUCUUUGAAAGGGUGGCCAAGAGUAUUAUGUGAACAAUGGGUCAAAGAUGCGAGAAGAAAAUUAGAGAUUGAAUCUCUGAUCGAUAUCCUUGAUUGUGAACUAAAGGUCAUGUAA